AUGAACCUGCUGCUGCUGCUGCUGCCGCUCGGCCUGCUGCCGGCUGUCUCUGCAGAGCCCGGUGCGUACACUCACUUUACCCCCCGGACAGCUGAAGGAGGCGCUGAAGGAUGCAACAGGCUGGCUGACGACCUUCUCCUGCAGGGCUUCUACGAUCCGAUCAAGGACAGGCUGAUCGAGCCGUCGCACACGGGCAUCUCCUACUCCUUCACUGAGGAUGGCUACUUUGAGGAAGCUCAGUACCGCGCCAUUGCGAACCCACAAAACCCGGCCUGUCCCAGCGGGAUGAUGCUGUUCCAGCAUGGGACUUACGAGAUCAAGCCUAACGGGACCCUCCUGUUGAACGCAUAUGCCUUCGAAGACGACGGGCGUCAGUUGAUAUCAGACCCUUGCAAGGGCGAGCGAGCAAGCUACUACAGAUACAACCAGAACGAGACCUUCAAGGUAGGCUGGUCUUUUUCGUUCUAUAUAUAUCCCUGCUGCAGCUGUGGACUGACCAAUGUUCUACAGAGGUACGAGGUCUUACUCGAUGAAUUCCACAACAUACAGCGGCUCAACCUGUAUGGACACGACGGCACACCCAUGAACCGCAUGUUCCUCAUCUACAAACCUCCCCAGAUGCUGCCAACCAAGCACCUCAACCCCGUCGUCAAGGUUCAACGACGAAAACGAGACCUUGGAGAAGGCGAAUUCGACAGGUCUCCCAUCAAGAAUUCUGUCCUCUCCCACCUACCUGUAACCGCCAAUGCCGACCGCUGGUGGUGGGUUGGCGUCCUCAUGACCUCCAUCGGCGGGAUUGCUCUCAUCUACUCCUAG